AUGGGUAUAAUAUCAUGUCAAAUGUGUAUUUUCAAACCACCAGAUGAAGUUUAUAAACAAGGCGAAGUUGUAGCCGGAUUGAUAAAAUACACCAUACUUGAACCAGUUGAAAUACAGAAAAUCACAACGUCUCUUAAAGGUAUUGGUACUAUUGUUUUGAAAGUACACCGCGGCACGAAAAACCGAGUGACUUACAAAUCCAAAGAAACCUUAGUUGAUAUAGAUAAUAUUGUUCAAGAUGAAAAAAUGAAGCUGGAAAGCGGUUCACAUGAAAUAAAAUUUCACUUUACUUUACCCGAUACAAUUCCAUCGACAUCUAAAAUCUGUAAGUGUUUUGGAAAUUUCAAGGCAACAUGUGUUAUUAAGUAUUAUAUACGUAUAAAACUACAAGGAUCUGGCUUGUUUUCUAUAGAAAAACAUUUUAGAAAGGAAAUCCCUGUAAAAUCUGAUGUUGCACCAACAUUAUCAAGGGAACCUGUCAAUUAUAUGAAAAGUAAGAAGCUGGUGCGACUGUUUUCAAGUCAGAACGGCUUGAUUAACAUAAAAGCAACUAUACUUAACUCUGCAUUAGCUAUUGGUGGCAAAAUAGUAUUACAUUAUGAAGUGAAAAAUGAUAGCCAUGUGAUUGUGAAAAGUGUUCAAACCAAAUUGAUACAAGCAUAUAUGUUUAAAGCGGACGGUCGAAGUGCAAUGAAUUAUGAAGAGGAUGUACCAAGUACAGAAGCCAAAAUAACGUCAAUUGAUAGUCAAACUACUCGUACUGAAUGUAUAGAUAUCCAGUUACCGUCUAAUAUUUAUAAUUUAGAGAAUUCCAAAUUACUUUCAAGAUAUUAUUUUGUAAGAUUAAUAGCUCAAUUGCCGUUGCCGCAUGGAAAUGUAGUACUCAAUAUUCCUGUACAGAUAGGAGUUAAAGAAAAUGCAAAUGAUAAUAAGAUGGCGCAAGAUUAUGAAGAUAUAAUUGACGACGAUCCGCCGCCGUCUUAUUGGGAAGUUAUGGGUGAAGCCAGAAAAGAAAAUGAUGAAAGCAGCGAUGAUGAUGAUGAUGAAAAUCAUAAGAGUAAAACAAAAAAAUAA